AUGUCGCAUAAAGUCAUCUAUCCAACUGCUCUGAAAAUUUUCAGGAACCGUCACAGCGAGAAGAAAGUGUUGUCAGAAUUGAUGGACAAGUUGCCGGAGAGAUGUUCCAAUUUGAAAGAUGCAACAACUUGUCUGUCUAUCGGUACUGGCUACGGAGAUUACGAUAUAGACUUCAUCGAGAAAUGUUUGCCGAACUUGAAAAAAUUUAUAGCUAUUGAAAUUGAUGGCGACUGUGUGAAAGAAGUGAAGGAGAAUUUGUACACUAGGUUUAAAAAUAAGUUCGAAGUCGAAGUGUUUGAGAUGCCGGUUGAAAAUUUUUUUGAUCUCUACGAAACAGUAAUAAAUGAUUUUGAUGGAGAAAAAAAUAAAGCUGAAAAAUAUUCAUUCAACAGCCGUUGUAAAGAAGUAUUAAACGGCGAAGUUGACGCCAUCUUAGCUUUCCACAUCAUUCAUUUCUUGGCCGAGAAAGAGAGAAAAAGAUUCUACAACUUAUGUUUCGAUCACUGGCUCCGUCCAAAAACAGGGCAGUUGUUUUUUACAGGUUGUGAUGAAAAUAACUCCCUGAACCACCUUCUGUCCGAGGCCAAGUCUCCGGUAAUUCUGUCAUCAGAGAUAAUAGUGAAUGAAUUGAAAAAUGGAGGUAAAAAUGUAGUCGAGGAGUUCCCUUACAACUGUCCGAUCGAUUAUUCGUCAUUUGAUGUGGACAUUCGAAGGUUUCUUAACUUCACUUUUCAACAUUCCGGAGCUACGGAGACAAGCAUCGAAGAAGCCAUGAAAGUCAUUGCUCCCAAUGGCUGGUCCGAAUAUCCAUGUAAUUUCUGUAUUGCUAGGAAAGCAUGA